AACAAAAAAACCAGUUACACUUGACGGGACUCGAACCCGCAACCCUUCGAUCCGAAGUCGAAAGCGCUAUCCAUUGCGCCACAAGUGCCACUUGAGCACAUGUUGACGUAGAAGAAUUUGCUUUUAUCAAAUGGUUGUGUGUUUUCCAAGACAACAGAGGUGAUGGAGGAUGUUGUCCAUGAGCCGUUCCAGCUGGACCACGUGCAGUUGAAGCGUGGCUUGAAGGUUGCUGCCACAGGCUUUCUCAAGUUUCAAGCCUCUGUUCUCCUCUUUCAUGACCCAGACACAAAAACAGAGCUCUGGAUUGAGUACAUGACGAUCCAGACCAACACGAUUGAGAGCCUGGAUGCGUUCCAUGUGCACCCGAAGAUCAACAACGUCACCGUGGAUGGGUGGGCUCUCUAUGACGCCGAGCAAGAGUACAAGCGCAUGGGCGUUCCGUGCGAUGAGUGGCGCUUGUCCACCGUCAACGAGCAAUACGAGGUUUGCCCUACCUAUGCGCGCAAGCUGUUCGUACCCACAUUCUCCUCGGAUGAUGUUGUGCGUGGCAGCGCCAAGUUCCGCAGUAAAGGCCGCCUCCCCGCCCUUAGCUUUCGCUCCACCGUCAACCAUUGCUGUAUCUGUCGCAGCAGCCAGCCUUACAGCGGCAUGCAGAGCAAGCGGUCUGACGAGGACGAGAAGCAUCUGCUGGCCAUCCAACGCUGCAGCCCACAUGGGAAGCCUCUCAUCAUCGUCGACACCCGCCCAAAGGUCAACGCAAUGGCGAACAAGGCUGCUGGAAAAGGCUUCGAGAACAUGGAGGGUUACGCCAACUGCAAGCUCAUGUUUCACGGCAUUCAGAACAUCCAUGUGAUGCGAGACAGUCUCAACGCGCUCUUGAAAGCGUGCCUUGCAUCCAACAUUCGGCCAGACAAGUACCUGCGCGGUGUCAACGACUCUGGAUGGCUCAAACACAUACAGACAGUCAUGCAAACGACACUCAGCAUUGUCGAUUACAUCAACAACGGUCACAACGUCCUCGUGCACUGCAGUGACGGCUGGGAUCGCACUGCACAGACGUGCUCGCUCAGCUCCCUGCUGCUUGAUCCAUACUACCGCACCAUCAACGGAUACAUUGUUCUCAUUGAGAAAGAGUGGCUGUCGUUUGGUCACAAGUUCAUGGACAGGCACGGCUUUAUUCGCGGCUCUGCAAAGGAGAUGUCGCCAAUCUUCCUGCAGUUUCUAGAGUGCACAUGGCAUUGCAUGCAGCAGUUCCCACGUGCAUUUGAAUUCAACUCAAAGUUUCUCAUCUCCAUCCAUGAUUGUCUUCACUCUUGCAAGUUUGGCACGUUCCUGGGCAACUGCGACCGCGAGCGGGAUGCGGCCGAUGCGUUUGUGUUUGGCAUGCGCGAGCCACCGCGGAGUUUGCUCGAGCAGUGGUGA